AUGCAAACACCAAGGAUUACAAUGUUAUUCGUAGUGUUGCUUACCGUUGAUAGUUGUCAAGGUAACAUUGAUACUACAGGUAUUAUAUGCCUUCAAGUGCCAAAGUUGUGGUUUUGCAAACCUCCUGCCAAAGAGCCGCCAGAGGUUUUACCUCAGCUAGUAGCAAUGCCACUUCCGUUACAUGCAUAUUUAACUGGAAAUGUCAACCGACUUCCCUGA